CAUCCAUGGAUCUAUCAUGGAUGCGGUGUUUGCAGUCAGUCAUGUCCACGGGUAUUCGUACUGCAGGACAUCACUUAUUUUAUACCUACCAGGUUACCCUACUUGCCUACAAAAGUCCUCCUACCCUUACAUUCGCUCUAUUCUAAUAACGGAAUGAUGAUAAUAAUAAUAAGCUGACCCUACCUGACCUACCUCAUCUACUUGACCUGCCUGAAUUGCUGAAUCAUUGAAUUGACAACCUUGUCUGUCAAUCAUAUUUCGCCCCUCUCCUUUAUUCGCUUCCCAAUUUAUGACCUAUCCAAUCCUUCCUUUUUUCGUUUUUGUUCUUUUUUAAUUUACUCGACCACCUCGACGCGGGACAAAUUCAUAAUAUGAACCCUUCGCCAAUCCUGUCGUCGCCGUCGCUUCCGCUAUCCUCCUAACAUUCUUUAGAACAUUGAUUCAACUAUCCUUGUCGAUUCCCGUGUCAAAGCUACGUCAAGUCACGCGUUGGCUCAACAUUAGCGCAACUCCGCAAUAGCAUCACGACGACGAAGUUUUAGGAUAAUACCUAUUACCUAAGUUUUUUUGCUAUAGGAUAUAGUAACUGGGCAAGCGGUCACGGAUACUGUCAGAGUCGAUAUUCUACAAUCAUUUGGCCUUAUAUACGUAUAGGCGCAUUGGUAUAUUUCAUCAAGUUCUGCGCUAAUCGCAUACCACGAUGAAGGAGCAGUGGGAUAAGGACGUCGAGUCCUCCGCUCAGUUGCUUUCUAAGGAGACUCAGUCGCCGGGUAGCGAGGAAUUUGAUUUCGACGAACCCGAAGAAAGUCAAAAUUGGUCGUCGCCGCACAGAUCCGAUCAUAAUCCAAUAUGGCGUCGAAUCCAGUCUAUUCCGGUACCUAGUUGGUUACCCGUUCGCAAAUUUAACCCGAGAUAUUUCAUAUUCGCUGUUAUCGUCUCCCUACUUAUAACCUUAUUUGUCUUUAACCCCUAUUCUCCCGCGAAACCUACCCAACAUCAAACAGAUGUUGACGUCUCUCCUACGACGACACCGACGACUGCGGCAGCUCAAAUCACAUCAACAGUUGCAACUCACGAAGAAAAACCUACAUCCGUACCCGCACCCGAAUCUGCAAGUGCGCCCGCAUCUUCUCCGUCCGAGAAAGUCGGAGAGGGGGCUGAGAAGCCUAAGGAGAAACCGAAGCCCGAGAGCAAAUAUUGCACGACAUGGCCUGUGGAUGAACAUGGAAAUUACAAAUUGCAAGAAACGAAUCGCGUUGAUAAAAUUAAGCUAGAUAGCAUUGCUCCCAAGGGCGGUUGGAAGAAACCGGCUGGCAUUAAGGUCAUUGGUAUGGUCUUCUAUGGUCGCAAGAGAUAUGUAGACCUUCUAGACUGCUACCUGCAACAGAAUUUGGCAUCCAAUGGUGGCUACUUUGACGAGGUUUGGUUCAUGGCCCACACCAAGGUUGAGGACGAUGUUGAAUGGGUAGAAGAGCUCGUCAAGAAGACGCCCGGCUACAAACUUGUUGGCAAGGGAAUUUGCGAAGGUAAAAAAUACAAGUGCAUGUGGAACUACGCGGUCGAGGACAACACCAUCUACGUCAAGAUAGAUGACGAUAUUGUAUAUAUCCACCAAGACGCUAUCCCUCAACUCAUCCACACUCGUAUUGCUCUUCCUCAUCCGUAUGCGAUUUCAGCAAACUUAGUCAACAGCCCUGUCACCGGCAUGGAACAGUAUCACUAUGGCGCUAUCCAUCCCUUCCUUCCGGAUCCGAGUAGCAAGCCUUCGUUCUUCGCAGCGGAAUCGUGGCGUGUAUCGGAGAAAAAGAAGUAUCCAGAAGAGGAAUUGGUAGCCGAUUAUAACCUUAUGGAUAUCAAGCCCUCGUACCGUGGUCACCCGUGGCUCCUCAUCUCCGACGACCACUAUGAUCUCCUGAAGACCCCGAUGGGUAAAUAUGACCAGAACCGCGGUGGUGAUCCGAUCGCUUUUGGUGCCGCGUGGAAGUCGUGGGCCAUUGGCGCGCAGCAACAGUACUCGCUCCUAUACAAUCUUGAACAGAAUAAGAUGUAUCGUUAUUUCUUCGGUAGAAACAUUCGCUACCCGGAGAACUCUUCCAAACCGAAUGCUACAGCAGUCGUUCUCGGUGACGGAAAGGGUCCUGGUGGCGAGCAGACAUACGACACCGGAUUCAACCGAUACAACCUGAACUUCGUAGCUGUCUGGGGAUCCGAUAUCAGGGACCAACUUCCUAUCGCCGACGAUGACGAGCAAGAUAUUACCGCGGAUAUCCCAAGACGUAUCGGACGACCGUUCCUCAUCGACACGCGCUCCGUAGUCGGCCACUUCAGCUUCUUCACCCAGCACGACGGCAUCACCAAAAGCGAUCUCCUUGACAGGUAUCGCGCGUUCGCGAACGAGGCUGUCUGUGCGCCGAAUAACCAGAAGAAGCCAUACGAUCCGAUGUGCGAGGACUUCCGAGUUGAAGGUGGUCUAGGACGGUAGUAAUGGUCUUAGUAGUAGCAACAUGAGUUGAGAAUUGACGUAAUCGGGAAGGGGGGAUGUGAAGAGCGUGAUGUAUCUCUCGCACCUCACAUCCUCAUGACAUUUUUUUGCAUGGCGUUCCUGGAUACUUGCAUACGAAACGAAACCGACCGGGCCAAUUCCGUACAAAGGUGCUAAACAGGUUCUGGUUUGGGCGAAGGCGAAGGCGAAUUCACGGGAGUGAUGCACGCGCGCUGCAUUUUGGGUUGGAUUUGUUUCUCGCGACGUUUGUUCCUCUUUUUUAUACGAUACUACGGGCUGGAUACGAUGGCGAACGGAGGGCGAAGGCGAGGGUAAGGCAAGGCGAGAAGGCGUACCGUAGUAGAUAUGCUAUUUAGGAAAAUGCAUCCACACACCACACGCAUAUGUCUUGUAUAUAUAUGAAUGAAUGAAUUGCGCCCAUUGUCCUUUUUUAAAAAAAAAAAAAUCAUACUCCGUCCACCGGCUUUACAUAGAUGCGAGGACGGGAAGUGAAGGUAAAUAUAGGGUUUUUAGAGUGAGAAAAGGCUAACUCCUAGGCCAUAGAUAAACCCGGUAAUGAGUGGUGUACGCGCGUCCUGGUGUGUAGGGGCCUGUUAGCGGUUGGGGCGGGAGUCGGCAGCCAAUGCAGGUGAGAUGAUGGAUCGGAUUGGGUUGUGGAUUUGC